UGAUAGGAUGAAAAUGCUCGGCAGAAAAAUAAAAACAAAAAAAUAAUAAUAGUGACCCGCAUUUGAAAAUCCAGCUGUUCGCAGUUACUUCUGUCGCUAAAAUCAUCGCUGAUAAGUACCGGACAAGCUCAGAAAGUGCUCUAACCCGUGUCUGAUGUCAGGUCUGGACUUGUGCACCCUUUCAUAGUGAUGCUGAUGAUAAAUGGCGUGGUGUGGACAACCGGGUCCAGAGGUUGGAAAUGACGUCAUAUGGCGGGUGCACAAAGACCGUUCCCAGUUCGGGCUUCCUCAGGCAGCGGUUGGGAAGCCGGUGAUUUGCCAGAAACAGCCGUGUUCACACAAUGCUCCUCAGCAUCUUUCCGACCCGCUCGGCUGGCCUCGCUGCUCCUUCCGCGUGGCUGAGCAACACCGACAAAAAUCAAUGAUGCAGGAGCGCGGAAAACAGAGACUGCGCAGAAGGCCAAAGACGGCAAGGAAUGCCAAAGACCCUGCAGCGAGCGACGCCAUGACGGACCCUGAAUUUUGGCGGGGUGCCACGGGAGACUCACUCCGGCCAAUCAGAGGGCGAAGUUGGGUUGCAAGCCCAUGUCUUAGACUAGAGCCCCUCCCUUUCUGGCCUGCCCAGCCCAGCCUGUCCAGUAGCGUGCUGCAACCGCAGACGUCAUCACUGUGAAAGUGAUUGCAUCGCGCUCUGAUGACGGAGUCGAAUGCAAUUUGACGAUGUGAUCGACAAAGACAAAAAAAUGUCUAGUGUAGUUC